AUGAAGAAAGUGUUGGAGCUAGCGGAGCUUAGAUUGAAGGCAAAGAAGGGCAAGAGUGUUUCAUUACCUACAUCAACUACCACAAAAGAAGUUUCUAAGAAGAGAAGAAGUGAGGGGAACACCAUAGAACAAUCCUUUAAUCGUGGAGCCCGAGAUCACCUACAUGGUCUCAUUGCCCGAAUGUUUUACACGGGGGGUUUAUCAUUCAAUUUGGUAAGAAAUCCAUACUUCAUCGAAGCUUUUAAAUAUGCCACAAGCAAUUCGCUUGGAGGUUAUAUCCCUCCCGGAUACAAUCUUCUAAGAACAAGCCUCUUACAAAAAGAUAGGGCACAUAUCGAGAAGUUAUUAGAGCCCAUAAAAUUAACAUGGAAAGCAAAGAGUGUUUCUAUUGUUAGUGAUGGGUGGUCCGACUCACAAAGAAGGCCUCUCAUUAAUGUGAUGGCGGUGACCGAAGAUGGAACGAUGUUCUUGAAUGCCGUCAAUGCGGAGGGGAGAACUAAGAAUAUGGAUUAUAUAGCCGAUAUUCUCUUGAAAGCCAUUGAAGAGGUUGGUCCUCAUAAUGUUGUACAAGUCAUAACCGAUAAUGCACCGAUUUGCAAAUCCGCGGGAGGUAUUGUGCAAGGAAGACAUCCUCAUAUUUUUUGGACUCCAUGUGUUGUCCACACACUCAACCUUGCCUUAAAAAAUAUUUGUGCGGCGAAGAAUACCGAAAGAAAUGAGGUAGUGUAUGAGGAAUGUUGUUGGAUCACCGAAGUUAGCGAUGAUGUUGUUGUUAUAAGAAACUUCAUAAUGAAUCAUUCCAUGAGAUUGGCAAUGUUCAAUGAAUAUGUGAAUUUAAAAUUGCUUACUAUAGCCGAAACUCGUUUUGCUUCGGUUGUUAUCAUGUUGCGACGAUUCAAGAAGAUCAAACGUGGCCUUAUGGACAUGGUCAUUAGUGAGAGUUGGAGUCUUUAUCGAGAUGAUAAUGUUGGGAGGGCUCAAUUUGUUAAGGGCAAAAUUUUGGAUGAUAUUUGGUGGGAUAAAAUAGAAUAUGUUAUCUCUUUUACCGAACCAAUUUACAACAUGGUUUGA